AUUAAUUUGUUUCUCAUUGCUAUUAUUUUUUAUAAAUUUAAUCGUAUUUUAUUUUUUAUUUAUUUAUUUUAUUUGGUGCACAAAACAGGGAUACAACUAUAACAUACAAAGCAGGUUAUACAGUAUAACUUGUUGCAGCUCCAAUAACAAGUGCACACAACAUACAAAUCGAGUUAACAAUACAGGGUGUUAGAUUAUACUAAACAACUAACAAUGAGUAAGCGUAAAAAUCCAGCAGAUACCUAUAAUAAAAAUGCAAACUUUUGCGACUUUUUGAUGGAAUUAGCAGAUUAUGAAAAAAACGUUAGUCGAAACAUACACAAGUAUAAUGCAUACAGAAAAGCAGCAAGUGUAUUGGCCGCACAUCCCAAGAAAAUCGAAUCUGGAGACGAAGCAAAAAAACUGAAUGGUAUAGGAGAAAAAAUUGCGAAAAAAAUUGACGAGUUUAUACAAACAGGAAAAUUAAGGAAAUUAGAAAAUAUACAUCAAGACACAGAUGCCCAAGCAAUAAGUUUACUGACGCGAGUGUCCGGUAUAGGACCCGUAAAAGCUGCUGAACUUGUUAGAAAUGGCAUUAAAACAAUUGAAGAUUUGAGAAAUAAUGAAAAUAAAUUAAACCAUCAUCAACUUAUCGGUUUAAAGUAUUUUGAAGAUUUUGAGCGGAAAAUACCACGAUCUGAAAUUCAAGAGAUAGAAACUAUGCUUCAAAAGAAAAUUGCAAAAAUAGAUUGCAAUUAUACAAUUACUAUUUGCGGGAGUUACAGACGCGGUAAGUCUGAGAGCGGUGAUAUCGACGCAUUAGUGACGCACCCCACACUGAAAGUAUCAGAAGGAAAGAAGAAACACAGUGAAGUAUUUCUAAAAACUCUUGUAGAUGAAUUGAAGAUAGAUCUCGUUGUCGACGUUAUAUCUAUAGGAGAUACUAAGUUUAUGGGUGUCUGCCGUGCAUCAAGCGAGUCCACGGCGCGUCGACUCGAUAUAAGGCUGGUGCCACACGAACAGUAUUACUGCGCGGUGCUUUACUUCACGGGCAGUGAUGUGUUUAACAAGACCAUGCGCGCGCACGCGCUCGAAAAAGGAUUCACCCUCAACGAGUAUUCCUUGCGGCCAGUGGGAAUAACUGGAGUUCCCGGAGAACCGGUACCGAUUUCGUCCGAAGAGGAUAUUUUUGACUACAUAGACUAUCCAUUUAAAAAGCCUGAAGAAAGAAAUAUGUAAACAGAUUAAAAACACCUCUUUGUU